AAAAAGAAGGAGUGACAUACCGACACCAUAAAUUUUGCUAAGAAAGUAGAGCAGCUCUAUGUCUUCCUAUCUCUUCCUUCUUUCUCUGUCUCUUCUCUUGGUAUGUACUACCGCCUCCACCGCUAGUCAUGGAGAAGGAGAGAGUAGCAGUAAUGGUUGUACAGUGUCUGAUACCAGCUACCUAAUAUCUGCUAUCAAUUCAACUGAAGGAUACAACCUCACUAGAGCAAUCAUUAACUGUCUAGAGUAUUCAGAUAAUAGGAGUACACUCUCUUUUGGAUCAAUAUCUUAUGAAACUAUGGCUGGUACUAAUGGACGAUACACUGUACAGUGCAACAGUGGAUUAUUAUUAUUAUCUGUCAGUGUGUUUGGAUUCAGAGAAGAGCGUUCUUCAUGUUAUGAAUGCAUGGAUGCUGAAGAUCCUUGUGCAUCAGGAACAAAUUGCCUAGUGCAGUAUUGUGAUCAUUGCUUAUCUGCUUCAGAGUGUUUGCACUGUACUAAUGCAAGAUAUAAUGGAAUAUGUCUCUCUAAUUGUCCUAGUGGUAGAAUACCUAAUUCUAUGAAAGGGAAUGAGUGUGAAUGUACUCAGAAUUACAGUGGUGAAAACUGUGAAUAUUGUGAACUUACUGAAUGUGAGAAUGGUUAUACAUUUAAUAAUGUUACAGCCUGUGAAUGCCAGAAAUCAUGUCCACCAGAUUAUCACAAAUUCCUUGUUGACCUAGAAUCAACAGUGCCACGGAGUGUGAUUGGAUCACCAGGUGAAGAAGAAGGUGGAGGUCAUCAUGCAACAGAAGGAGGAGAAGAUUCACAUGGUACCAGUGAUACUGAUACUGAUAGAACAUUCUGUGCACAGGGAUGUUUAAAUGACACUUGGAGAGUUGAUGGUAUUAAUGGCACCUGUUAUGCCUGUGGGAUAAGUUAUUGUCUUGAAUGUAAUACACAUAAUGACUGCACAAAAUGUCGAAGUGGUACACUACUCAAACCUACACGGCCUCAAUAUCAUUGUGUUGGAUUUUAUGAGCGCAUAAAAGAAUUAAAUGAGACGCUGGAAAAGGAUGAAGAGGAUGAAAGACAUAGAUUUGAGAAAGAACAAUUAGAAUUAGAAAUAGUCCUUCCUAUUGUUUGCUUUAUUGUGGCAGCAGGCUUCAUAGCAGCAGCUGUAUUUGCUCAUAAACGUUAUCCUCAUGUUGGAAAAGAAAAACGUCACAGAGAUCCAACAAAGAAAGUUGUAAUAGAUGAAAACACAAUUGAGAGCAAGUUUCGUUCUCAGUCAACUGUUAGAUUCCGUUAAAAUGAGUUUUAUAACAAUUUUAACAUGUUUAGUGUGUACCAGUAUCUCUUUUUAGUGUGUAUCUUUUUAAUGUGUAUCUUUUUUAGUGUGUAUCUCUUUGUGUGUGUGUGUGUGUGUGUGAA